UUAGGGUUCUUGGAUCAUGAAUUCCGCCGACGCGGACGCCGACAUUGGGAAGAGGCAAGAGAUCCUGGUACGUGAUUUUCCCGGCAGGAGGAGCGAAAUCCAGGAUCUCCUGUCGAUUUUGGGAGGCCCGUGUGAUUUCUUCCCGCCGCUGCUCGUACAUGGCGCUGCGUCUACCGGCAAGACGAGCGUCGUCAAGGAGAUCUUCCGGCAUUUGCGCAGGCCAUACGCAUACGCGAGCUGUCGAUCGUGCCAUGCCGCCAGGAUUUUGUUUGAAUCGAUCAUCAACAGCCUGGUUGGGCACGUGAGGAGCGCCGAGAUUGGCUACUCCAGCGCGCGCAAGUGUGAAAGAGCCUCGGAUUUCGUGGAGUUUCUUCCAGAUGCUUGCGAGGAGGCUAUUCGUCGAUCCAACAAUGAAAGCUGCUCGUCUCCAUCAAACGGCAAAGCCAGUAGCGAUGAUCCGGUCACUGUGUUUGGCAACUUGAGCUGGUUCAAGCGAGAAACAGGGGUUGUCUACCUCAUCAUUGACAACAUUGAUCUCGUGAGGAACUGGAGUGGUGGACAAAACCUUUUAUCGGUUUUGUUUCGGCUUCCAGAGCUCUCCCGGCUCCCGCAGCUGGGAAUGGUAUUCAUCAGCAGCGUUGGCCCGCAUGCUUUCAUGUCCGGCACAGGAUGCCGGCAGCCCCUGCCAGUUUACUUCAGAGAUUAUCUAGACGACGAACUCUUCCAGAUCCUGGUGAAGAAGCAAAUCAAGUCCGAUCUCUACGUUUCGUUUCUCAAUGCGGUGUUGAAGCCGUUUAGCCGAGCAACACGGAGAAUAACCGAGCUCAUGAUGCUGCUGGAGCCUCUGUUUGAGCAGUACUGCGCGCCGGUGGUCUCGGGAGCGGUGCUUCCGGACGAGCAAGGGAAACGAAAGCUCUUCACGCUUAUCAAACCACACGUUCGCAGCUUCUUGGGACGGGCUUCUUCUAUCCUUGCAGCAUCUCCAGGAAAGUUAUUGGAGUCACCAGGUGGAGGAAGAUCAGUCAUCAGCGCUCCAGCGUCCGACGACCAACUGUGCAAUUUACAGUUGCCUCUCUGCAGUAAAUAUCUGCUUCUGGCGGCAUACAUCGCUUCCACUAAUCCAGCUACAUUGGAUGCCGCUUUGUUUGAUGCCGGCCACGCAAGUGGCUCGAGGAAACGAAGGCGAAGGAGUUCUCUGUCAGCCACGGAAAAGAAAGAAAACAAGGAGAUGGAGAGGCAACUCAAAGGUCCAGGCAGCUUCUCUCUGGAGAGGCUCCUGGCAAUAUUCUCGUGCAUUGCAACCGGCCCUGGAUUUAAACUCGGGAUUUCUGCUCAUGACAACAAACUGGACGAAGACGCAGGCAUGGAAGUCACGUCCGAUGUUCUAAUGCAGCUAUCAACGCUCGUCGGCGUUGGUCUGAUAUCACAAGGACUCACUGAUCCACUUGAAGGAUCUCCAAAGUUUCGGUGCAAUGUGGAGGAGGAAGUCAUCCAUAUGGUAACGUUUCAUUCCUUCUUUAACUUCAACUAUGGUUUUCGCUGGCUUUGCAGAUCGCUAGGAGCACUAGCUUUCCACUCGCUAAGUACCUGUACUACAACUGUUAAACAGGUGCCUUUUCUUAGAUCAAGUUUUCAACGACCAUCAUAGAUGCUGCAAAACAAGAGCAUUGCUUCGGUGAUACAUUACAUCGCAAAUGGCUGUAGACUACGCUGAGAAGUCGCAAUCGAAUCCGGGAUACUCGUGAGGAGAGUUCCAACGUCAAAUCCAUCGUAGUUGUAUCCACUCGAUGUCUAAACCAUUUUCGGAAACUACCACUUAACAAAUUGAUCGAUACCUCUCAA